AUGUUCUACGCUGCCAGACAAACCGCCAGGUCUGCAUUAUUUGCGUCCAGACUCUCCGCUGGUGCAAGAAGAAACCUCUCUGCUCGUAGAGCUCCUCCUACAUCCCAAGGAUAUGUUCCUCUAAUAACCGUAUCGGCAUGUGCCAUUACUUCGGCGUCCAUGUACUACUACUUCACCAGCAAGAUCAAGAACGAGUCUGAGGAGAAGAACCUUGAAAAUGCGUUGGAAACCCCCGUUGACGUCGAUGUCGUCGAGGUCAUCGAGGUGGAGGAUCCAGAAAAGGGUAUUAAUGCAUCUCCUGAAAUGGUUGAAGUUAUUGAAACCGUUGUUCUAAACAAGCCCGAGGUCGUUGACGCCGUGGAGUCCACCGAGGAGCUAGUUGAAGUUGUUCAAGAGGCUGCAGACGUUGCACAGGACGUGAUUGAUUCGAUUCCUGCAGAAGAGGCCUUGGAAGAAGAGGCACAACAGCAGGGUGCCUUUAACGAGGAAACCGGAGAAAUCAACUGGGACUGUCCCUGCUUGGGAGGCAUGGCACACGGUCCAUGUGGCGAGGAUUUCAAGGCUGCAUUUUCUUGCUUUGUCUAUUCCAAGGAAGAACCAAAGGGUAUCGAAUGUAUCGAAAAAUUCAAGGCAAUGCAAGAUUGCUUCAGAAGAUAUCCAGAUGUUUACUCUGAAGAAUUGAGAGAUGAAGAAGUCGUGUCCAACAAUGUCAGAGAAAAGAAACAAUCCAAGCUAGAUAUCGAUAUUUACGGUGCAGCACAAAAGAAGAUUGAUGACUUUAACAAGAAAUAG